UAAUCGUCAUGUCAGGCAGACAUUGAUGCCUGAAUGCUGCAUACAUGACUGCUUUACCCCCCCUCAGAUCAUGGGAUCUCUCGAGGGGCUGGGGCUUGGUAUCCCUUGCCCCCAUCAUCAUGAGUCCUAACGCCGCCUUCCAGAUGCCUGUAAACUGCCAGUUUCGUAUGCCAGGUGCAUCAAUUGGCGUGGAUAAUGUCUUCCAGGCGGUAGCUGUAGAAGAGGGCCCGGUCUUCCGAUCGAACAGUUAUCCUGGGAGCCAAUCAGGCAUGGCAGUGAUCCAUCACCGAAAUCUCGGCAUGUGGCCCAACUGUCCCUCAGCAGCAAAAGGGCCGUUCCAAUGGGGACCGAAACGACACCAAACCCCCAUCUGGCAAUGCUGUUAUUGCGGUCAGGCGGGAAUGCCCAUUCGAACGGAUCCUUGUCGUAACUGCGGCACUCCUCGAUGUGCAUACUGCCCGGUGACCAAGAUAAGAGUCAGGGCACAUGACCAAGUCUUCAAGGCAGGGCUGGAGACGAUAGAAGAGGGUGUCGACAACUUAGAAGAUGGUGUGCGGUACCAAGUGGCUGUGCUCGAGAGCCAAAAUCUGGCUGCCAUGAACCGAGGCUAGCUUUAAAGUACCGUGCCUGAUUCUUCGACAGCGAGUCGAGAGAGGGGGGCUUGAUGUGAGGGUGCUCUACGUAUUUGACCCGAUCGGGUGAAGCCGGGUUGUUUCCCAAUACACGUUUAUUGUCGCAUUUCGAGAACCUGACGCAUGACUUCACCCAUCACUACCAGCUCAUCUCAACGUCAACGGAAUAAUCGAAGGGGCCUAUCGCCGCCUAGGUUCCUUGAAGAAAAAAGAAGAAAAAACCCCCAUCGAUUAUAUAGGCUCGAUGAUCAAUCCAAUCUUUUAGGUUCAUCGAAAAC